AUUGAUGCUGGCAAUGGUACUGAAUCAGAGAAUAUACUUGGUUCAAAAUUGGUGGAGACAUUAAUAAUCAAUGCCGAUUAUUUCUUCCCGAACUAUAACUUCAACUACACAUCACCACUGCUUGAUUCAUUUUUGCAACGAAAGCCCGAUGUAACGAAUAGCUUUGAAAGUGGAGAUCGUAUGGUUACACGUGGUACACAAGGUCAACAGCAUAUCGCUCUUCGUUAUACACAAAGCAGCAACAAUUCCUGCAAGAAUUCAGUGCAAUUGCGCAACACAGCUUCAAUGCUACAACAAUCAUCGCAACCACCAUCAGCCUCUUCAACUUUACGAGCUCGUCCCAAAUGGCCGGCACCACCACCACCUGUUAUAGAAAAUUUGAACAAUUUUAUUAGCAAAAGUCCAUCAAUUGCAUCCAAUGAUUCGAUGGCUGAAUAUGGUUGUACAACCAAUGUUGAAAUAUGCGAUAAUUUCACUUUUCAACAACAAAUGACCCGUUCUUAUCACGAACCAAGCCGGCCAUUACGUCCACCGCCACCACGUAAUGUGGUGCGAUCAUCUACUCCAGACGGAGGAUUUCAAAAUUCUGUUGUUGAUUCGGUGCAGCAUGACAGCUUACAAGAGGUUAAAAUAUUACAACCUGAUCUGCGAAACCGAAAUUCAGUUGAGAUUUGUCGUAAUGCAUCUGGUCCAGUUGCUUGUACAAAAGACAAUCGUACUGUGGUACAUUUGGGUACCGAUACUUAUCACCAGCAUGCUGGAACAUUAUCGGGAGCUGAAAGUUAUAAUACAUUGCCUAAACCUCCCUUACCUUAUAAACCGAAAUCAAUAAUCGAUUUAAGCAAACCAAACGAGAUCACUAAGCUUUAG